AGGGGGCCGUUCGCCAGCUCCGAGGCAGAAAGUGCCACGACUCCACACGCGCGCACGCAGCCAGCGAGCGGCCGGAGCGGACGGCAGACGGGGCGGGCGGCGUCGAGGUCGCGGCGCCUGCAGCUGCUCGGAAGCGGCUUUUCGGCGGAGGCUCAGCCGUAUCCUCUUUCCCGGUUUCGCGGCGGCGGCGGCGGCGGCGGCGGCUCCUGCCCUCUCGCUCUCCCUCCCGCGUCUCCCGCUGCAGGUGACAGGAAAGCAAGCCAAGAUGGAUAUUUACGACACUCAAACCUUGGGGGUUGUGGUUUUUGGUGGAUUCAUGGUGGUUUCUGCCAUCGGCAUCUUCCUGGUGUCAACAUUCUCAAUGAAGGAGACGUCGUAUGAAGAAGCUCUAGCCAACCAGCGCAAGGAGAUGGCGAAAACUCACCACCAGAAAGUGGAGAAGAAGAAGAAGGAGAAGACAGUAGAGAAGAAAGGAAAGACCAAGAAAAAGGAAGAGAAGCCCAACGGGAAGAUACCUGACCAUGAGCCAGCCCCUGAUGUGACCAUCCUGCGCAAAGACCCAGUGCACACACCUGCAGUGGCUGUGGCUCCAACCCCAGUCCAGUCCCCUGUGGUCAUUGCGCCUGUAGCCACAGUACCAGCCAUGCCCCAGGAGAAGCUGGCCUCUUCCCCUAAGGACAAAAAGAAGAAGGAAAAAAAAGUGGCAAAGGUGGAACCAGCUGUCAGUUCUGUAGUGAAUUCCGUCCAGGUUCUUACCUCAAAGGCUGCCAUCUUGGAAGCUGCUCCCAAGGAAGUGCCUAUGGUGGUUGUGUCCCCUGUGGGUGCCAAGGGCAGUGCCCCAGCCACCAGCACUGCACAGGGCAAGAAAGCAGAGGGGUCCCAGAACCAGGGCAAAAAGAUGGAGGGGAGCCCCAACCAAGGCAAGAAGGGAGAGGGGGCCUCCAACCAGGGCAAGAAAGGAGAAGGAACCCCCAACCAGGGAAAGAAGGGUGAGGGGACUCCCAACCAGGGCAAGAAGGGAGAGGGGACCCCCAACCAAGGCAAGAAGGGAGAGGGGGCGCCCAACCAGGGCAAGAAGGGAGAGGGGGGCCCCAACCAGGGCAAGAAGGCAGAGGGAACCCCCAACCAAGGCAAGAAGGCAGAGGGGGCCCCCAGCCAGGGCAAGAAGGCAGAGGGAACCCCUAACCAAGGCAAGAAGGCAGAGGGGGCCCCCAGCCAGGGCAAGAAGGCAGAGGGGGCUCAGAAUCAGGGCAAAAAGUCAGAGGGAACCCCCAACCAGGGUAAGAAAGCAGAAGGGGCCCCCAACCAGAGCAAAAAGUCAGAGGGGACCCCCAACCAGAGCAAGAAAGCAGAAGGGGCCCAGAAUCAGGGCAAGAAGGCAGAGGGGGCUCAGAAUCAGGGCAAAAAAGAGGCAGGUACCCCAAACCAGGGCAAAAAGGUAGAGGGGAGCCCCAAUCAAGGCAAAAAGGUAGAAGUGGUUCAAAACCAGAGUAAAAAGGCAGAGGGGGCCCCCAAUCAGAGCAAGAAGACAGAAGGAGCCCAGAAUCAGGGCAAGAAAUCAGAAGGGGCCCAGAAUCAGGGCAAAAAGGCAGAGGGGGCCCCCAACCAGGGCAAGAAGGCAGAAGGGGCCCCCAACCAAGGCAAGAAGGCAGAGGGGACCCAGAAUCAGGGCAAGAAGGCAGAGGGGGCCCCCAGCCAGGGCAAGAAGGUAGAGGGGGCCCCCAACCAGGGCAAGAAGGCAGAAGGAGCCCAGAAUCAGGGCAAGAAGGCAGAGGGGGUCCCCAACCAGGGCAAGAAGGCAGAAGGAUCCCAGAAUCAGGGCAAGAAGGCAGAGGGGUCCUCCAACCAGGGCAAGAAGGGAGAGGGGACCCCCAACCAGGGCAAGAAGGCAGAAGGAACCCAGAAUCAGGGCAAGAAGACAGAAGGGUCCUCCAACCAGGGCAAGAAGGGAGAGGGGACCCCCAACCAGGGCAAGAAGGCAGAAGGAGCCCAGAAUCAGGGCAAGAAGGCAGAGGGGUCCUCCAACCAGGGCAAGAAGGCAGAAGGAGCCCAGAAUCAAGGCAAAAAGGCAGAGGGGUCCUCCAACCAGGGCAAGAAAGCAGAUGGAGGCCAGAAUCAGGGCAAAAAGGCAGAUUCAGUUGCUAAUCAGGGCACAAAGGUGGAGAAUGUUGCAAACCAGGGGAAAAAAGCAGAAGGAGCCUCCAAUCAAGGCAAAAAGGCAGAGGGAGCCUUGAACCAGGGCAAAAAGUCAGAAGGGUCCCCCAACCAAGGCAAAAAGGCGGAUGCAUCUGCCAAUCAGGGUAAAAAGGCAGAGUCAGCUCCUAUCCAGGGUGAAAAUGCAGACAUGGUCCAGAGCCAGGAGGCACCAAAGCAAGAGGCUCCUGCAAAGAAAAGAUCAAGGUCAAAGAAGAAGGGUGAGCCUGGGCCCCCAGAUGCCGACAGCCCACUCUGCCUCCCCUACAAGACGCUGGUCUCCACGGUGGGAAGCAUGGUGUUCAGCGAGGGCGAGGCCCAGCGGCUCAUUGAGAUCCUGUCUGAGAAAGCCGGCGUCCUUCAGGACACGUGGCACAAGGCCACUCAGAAGGGGGACCCUGUGGCCAUUCUGAAACGCCAGCUGGAAGAGAAGGAGAAGCUGCUGGCCACGGAGCAGGAGGAUGCGGCCGUCGCCAAGAGCAAACUGAGGGAGCUCAAUAAGGAGCUGGCAGCGGAAAAGGCCAAGGCAGCAGCCGGGGAGGCCAAGGUGAAAAAGCAGCUGGUGGCCCGGGAGCAGGAGAUCACGGCCGUGCAGGCGCGCAUGCAGGCCAGCUACCGGGAGCACGUGAAGGAGGUGCAGCAGCUGCAGGGCAAGAUCCGGACACUUCAGGAGCAGCUGGAGAAUGGCCCCAAUGCGCAGCUGGCCCGUCUGCAGCAGGAGAACUCCAUCCUGAGGGACGCCUUGAACCAGGCCACGAGCCAGGUGGAGAGCAAGCAGAACGCAGAGCUGGCAAAGCUCCGGCAGGAGCUGGGCAAGGUCAGCAAGGAGCUGGUGGAGAAGUCGGAGGCCGCACGGCAGGAGGAGCAGCAGCGGAAGGCUCUGGAGGCCAAGGCAGCUGCCUUCGAGAAGCAGGUCCUGCAGCUGCAGGCAUCUCACAAGGAGAGUGAGGAGGCCCUGCAGAAGCGCCUGGACGAGGUCAGCCGGGAGCUCUGCCUCUCGCAGACCAGCCACGCCAGCCUCCGGGCGGAUGCCGAGAAGGCCCAGGAGCAGCAGCUGCAGAUGGCCGAGCUGCACAGCAAGCUGCAGUCCUCCGAGGCGGAGGUGAGAGGCAAGCGCGAGGAGCUGAGUGGUCUCCGGGGGCAGCUGGACGAGGCCAGGGCGGAGAACUCACAGCUCACAGACAGGAUCCGCUCCAUCGAAGCCCUACUGGAAGCAAGCCAGGCCCAGGACGCCCAGGCCAGCCGAGCAGAGGCCGACCAGCAGCAGGCCCGCCUCAUGGAGCUGGAGUCGCAGGUGUGGUGUCUGGAGAAGGAAGCCACAGAGCUCAAGGAGGCGGUCGAGCAGCAGAAAGCAAAGAACAACGACCUCCGAGAGAAGAACUGGAAGGCGAUGGAGGCUGUGGCCUCGGCCGAGAGGGCCUGCGAGGAGAAGUUGCGCUCUCUGACCCAGGCCAAGGAGGAGUCCGAGAAGCAGCUCAGCCUGACUGAGGCCCAGACCAAGGAGGCCCUGCUGGCCCUGCUCCCGGCUCUGUCUGUCUCAGCCCACCAGAGUUACGCCGAGUGGCUGCAGGAGGUCAAAGAGAAAGGCCCCGAGUUGCUGAAGCAGCCACCAGUGAACACGGAGCCCUCGGACCUGGCCUCCAAGCUGAGGGAGGCGGAGGAGACCCAGAGCAGCCUGCAGGCCGAGUGCGACCAGUACCGCACCAUCCUGGCUGAGACGGAGGGGAUGCUCAAGGACCUGCAGAAGAGCGUGGAGGAGGAGGAGCAGGUGUGGAAGGCACGAGUCAGCACCACGGAGGAGGAGCUCCAGAAGUCACGAGUCACAGUGAAACAUCUCGAAGAGAUCAUCGAGAAGCUAAAAGGGGAACUUGAAAGUUCAGAUCAGGUGAGGGAGCACACCUCGCAUCUGGAGGCAGAGCUGGAGAAGCACAUGGCAGCCGCCAGCGCCGAGUGCCAGAGCUACGCCAAGGAGGUGGCAGGGUUGAGGCAGCUUUUAUUAGAAUCUCAGUCUCAGCUGGAUGCAGCUAAGAGUGAAGCCCAGAAACAAAGCAGCGAGCUUGCCCUGGUCAGGCAACAGUUGAGUGAGAUGAAGAGCCACGUAGAGGAUGGCGACGUAGCCAGGUCCCCAGCUGUUUCCCCAGAGGCCCCCCCAGCAGAGCAGGACCCCAACAAGCUGAAGACACAGCUGGAGCGGACGGAAGCCCUCCUAGAGGACGAGCAGACACGGCGGCAGAAGCUCACGGCCGAGUUUGAGGAGGCUCAGGAUGCGGCCUGUCGGCUGCAGGGGGAGCUGGAGAAGCUUCGUUGCACCAGUACCCUUGGGUCAGAAGCAGAGGAGGCCAUGCAGCUGAAGGAGAGACUAGAAAAGGAGAAGAAGUUAACCAGUGACCUGGGACGUGCUGCCACCAAACUACAAGAGCUUUUGAAGACAACCCAGGAGCAGCUGGCAAAGGAGAAAGACACAGUGAAAAAGCUGCAGGAGCAGCUGGACAAAUCAGAGGAUGGCAGCAGCUCAAAGGAGGGCACGUCUGUCUGAGUCUCCUGCAGAAAAAGAAGUUACUGUUCAACUUACCAAAAUGCCUUACACAUUCCUUACAAAUAAAUAAACCGACCAACACAGCGAUAUCUGGGCCCAACUUCGGUAGCUCUGAGAAGCCAUUAGAGACGACAGUCUCUUAGCAUCAGAAAUAGAUCUUCCAGACCCCAGUUUGUAAGAGAACCUUUGUCACGCUGGAUAAACACUAUUCCCCAGGACCAGCCCUGGAUCACCGGCCAGCAGACGCCAAAGCCCUCAUCAGCUGUGUGACAGACCUGGGCAGUGUGCUGGGGAGGCCGGGACCUCUGGGUAUCUCUGUGUCAAUCAGUGCAAUUGUUUUGUCGCUCAUGGGGUUGGGGGUCAGGUGGUGGGCAGUCCAGGAGGUGAGUCUCAGAGGCUGCGGAGCAGACUGGAGGGUCACAGCCCAGCGAGGCAGCAGCCUUCACCCCUGGAAGAAGUUACCACCAGAACUGAAGUGUGACCUCCCAGAUGUUAAUGCCAUUAAAACCCAUGUGUCGCCUGGCA